CGGGGUUCACUGUCUGCGAAACAUUGUCUUGCAUAAUGGUAGAGGAUGAACUGACACUAUUUGAUAAAAGCAUAAAUGAAUUUUGGAAUAAGUUCAAAAGUACCGAUACCGCCAAUCAAAUGAUGGGCCUAAGAGAUACCUACAAGGAUUCUGUCAAAGCAUUUGCAGAAAAGCUGUCUGUGAAAUUAAAGGAAGAAGAACGAAUGGUCGAGAUGUUUCUGGAAUAUCAAAAUCAGAUCUGCAGGCAGAAUAAGCUCAUUCAAGAAAAAAAAGAUAACUUGUUAAAGUUGAUUGCUGAAGUAAAAGAUAAAAAACAGGAAUUGAAAGAAUUGACUACAAAUAUCCAGGAUCUUAAGGAAGAAUAUUCUAGGAAGAAGAAAACUAUUUCUGCUGCUAACAAAGCUAAUGCAGAGAGGUUGAAAAGGCUGCAGCAAUCUGCAGACUUAUAUAAAGAUAGACUUGGACUAGAAAUUCGAAAAAUCCAUGGUGAUAAAUUGCAAUUUAUAUUCACUAAUAUUGACCCUAAACAUCCAGAGAGCCCAUUUAUGUUUUCCCUGCAUCUAAAUGAAGCAAGGGACUAUGAAGUGUCAGAUAGUGCUCCUCAUCUUGAAUGCCUAGCAGAAUUUCAAGAGAGUGUAAGGAAGACCAACAAUUUUUCAGCUUUUCUUGCUAAUGUUCGGAAAGCUUUUACUGCUGUGGUUUAUAAUUAAUGUGUAAAUAGCAUAUAAAAACAAUAUUUUUUUCUUUUC